AGUUAAUUCAUAUAUGCCAGAAUACAAUAGUUAAUGGGUCCACCCCAGCUCUAUCUUAAAACCACCACCUGUUACAAUACUUCUUCACUUCGUCUUCCCUUGUUGCCUAAAUAUGAGGUUUCCUCUAUUCCCAUGGUUUUUCUUGAUCACCACACACUCAAUCUUUAUCACUCCAAUAUACACCCAAUGUUUAGACCAUCACAAAACUUUGUUGCUCCAGUUAAAGAAUAACCUCAUAUUCAACCCUUCAUCUUCAACCAAGCUGGUGCUCUGGAACCAUAAUAUGGAUUGUUGCGAGUGGAGUGGUGUAAAGUGCGACAAUAUGGGUCGUGUUGUUGGUCUCGACUUGAGCGAUGAAUCAAUCUCUGGCGGAAUCCACAACUCAAGUAGCCUUUUCAAUCUCAAGUAUCUUCAAAGUCUGAAUCUUGCUAAAAACAGCUUCGGCUCUUGGCAAAUUUCAUCUGGGUUUGAGAAGCUAACUAGUUUGACAUAUAUGAAUUUGUCAUAUGCAGACUUGACAGGACAAUUUCCUAUUGGGAUUUCAGGUUUGACAAGGUUGGUCUCUCUGGAUUUCUCUGGGAAUUACUACUUAAAACUUGGCAACUCAAAUCUAAAAUUGCUUGUUCAGAAUCUCACGGAGCUCACAGAACUCCGUCUUGAUGGUGUAAAUAUAUCGUCCAAGGGAGAGGAAUGGUGCCAAGCCAUAUCUUCUUCACUCCCUAAUCUGCGAGUCUUGAGCUUGUCUUUCUGUGAUCUCUCAGGUCCUCUUUGUUCUUCCCUUGAGAAUCUCCGAUCCCUUUCGGUGAUCGAUCUGAGUCAUAACAAUUUGUCCGCCCCAGUUCCAAAUUUCUUUGCAAACUUCACCAAUUUGACAGAAUUACUUCUCUGGUAUUCUAAUUUGCAGGGAACAUUUCCGGAAAACAUCUUCCAUGUGCCAACUCUACAUAAACUUGACUUAUCAGACAAUAAAUUACUUCAGGGUUCUUUUCCAGAAUUUUUCCAGAAUGGAUCUCUCCAGACCUUAAUUCUUAGACACACAAAUUUUUCUGGGAUAUUACCAAAUUCUAUUGGUAAUCUUCAGAUGUUGUCCACGAUAGAUGUUCGGAAUUGCAGCUUAAGUGGAGCAAUCCCAAGUUCAAUGGCAAACCUUACUCAACUUGUUUAUUUGGAUUUGUCAUACAAUAUGUUUAUUGGUCCAACCCCAUCAUUUUCGAAGAACCUCACCGACAUAGACUUAUCCCAUAAUCUUUUAACGGGUACAUUUCCUUCCACCCACUUUGAAGGCCUAUUGAAUCUUGUUCUGCUUGAUUUAAGUCAUAAUUCGCUCAUUGGAAGCAUUCCAUCAUCUCUAUUAGAACUCCCAUCUCUGAUACAAAUUGAUCUUUCAUUUAACAAAUUUGAUGGUCAAGUUGAUGAAUUUUCUAAUGCUUCCUCCUCUCUACUAGAGUUCAUUGAUCUGAGUAGUAACAAUUUACAAGGGUCGAUUCCCAUGUCUUUCUUUGAGCUCGGAAGGCUUCUUACCCUUGUGAUCAAUUCCAACAACUUUAGUGGCCCAAUACAACUCGAAAAGCCCAACAACUUUAGUGGCCCAAUACAACUGGAAAAGUCAUUUAGGCCGAACCUUCUUUAUUCCCUUGACCUUUCAGACAACCAAAUUGAAGGGAAAAUACCGAACUGGAUUUGGGAAGUUGGGAAUGGAAGUCUCUCUGACUUGAAUCUCUCUCACAAUCUCUUGGUUGAUUUGCAAGAACCAUAUGUUUUACACCCCAACCUUGCUAUCCUUGACCUACACUCUAACCUGCUCUCUGGAAAAAUCCCAAUACCAGGAGAAUCAGCUCAAUACAUUGACUUCUCAAGUAAUAAUUUCAGCUCUUCUAUCCCUCCUACUAUUGGUAGUCUCCUCACCUAUGCCUCUUUCUUCUCUCUUUCAAAUAAUAGCGUCAUUGGAAACAUUCCUCAAUCGGUAUGCAAUAUGAGAUACCUUCAAGUUCUAGAUUUGUCUAAUAAUCGUUUGAGUGGCACAAUACCAUCAUGUUUGAUCCAAAGGAGUACUAGUACUCUUGGAGUACUGAAUCUGCAAAAUAACAGACUUAGUGGAAAUGUUUCGAGUAUUUUUCCAAACAAUUGUAAUCUACAAACUCUGGAUCUCAGUGGUAAUCGUUUGGAAGGGCAGAUUCCAAAAUCAUUGUCAAAUUGUAGAAGGUUGGAGGUUUUAAACCUUGGCAAUAACAUGGUAAGUGACAGAUUUCCGUGCUUUUUGGAGAACAUAUCUAGCCUACAUGUUUUAGUUUUGCGCUCUAAUAGGUUCCACGGUGACAUUAACUGCCAAGGGGAAAAUAAUCAAAGCUGGUGGAAUCUUCAGAUCAUGGACCUAGCUUCAAACAACUUUAGCGGCGCUCUAUCGUCAGGCUUCUUCUCAAAUUGGAAGGCAAUGAUGAUUGACAAUGAUAAUGCACAACCAAUGUUUAAUAAUCUGGGUUAUCCGUUAAAUGGUGGAUACUAUUCAGAUCGAGUGAAUGUCAUCUACAAAGGGAUAGAGGUGGAGCUGGUGAAAGUUUUAACUAUUUUUACCUCCAUAGAUUUGUCAAGCAAUAGAUUUGAAGGGAAAAUACCAGAUACUGUUGGGAAUCUCAAAUCGCUUGUUCUUCUCAACUUAUCGCACAAUGACCUUGAAGACUCAAUUCCAACAUCGUUAGGAAAUUUGAAGAAGCUCGAAUCACUUGAUCUUUCACUGAACAAGUUGACCGGGAUGAUCCCAACACAACUUGCAAGUCUUACAUUUCUUUCGGUUUUGAAUGUGUCAUACAAUCUUUUGGUUGGAAGAAUUCCGACGGGCUCUCAAUUUCAGACAUUCUCAGAAGCAUCAUUUCUAGGGAAUCCAGGACUAUGCAGCUUCCCUUUGAACACGAGUUGCAGUGAUACCAGAGUUGCACCAAAUUUCGAAGAUGGGCAUUCAACCUCGGAGUCGGAGGUCUACCUAAGUGCAGCAUUGGGAUUUAUUGUGGGCUUAGGAAUUAUCAUCUGGCCACUUGUGUUCUGUAGAAGAUGGAGACGAUGGUACUACAAACAUGUGGAUCGAGUGUUUCUAAGAAGAAUAAUACAGAGAAGAGUGUACAGAAAUUCAAUUCGACAGCUUUAGUUGGUGAAGAGAAGUGAAUUAAGUGAAGUGCUUGUGAUAAACUUGAAGUCUUGGCUUGAGUCAUUCCAGUGGAUGGAGAGUAAGAUCAACUAUCAAUGCAUGUGGUAAGCUUUCAAUUCAUUGUUUAAUAACAUAAAGGUAUUUAAUUGUUGUUGUUUUCAUAUAGAUAUAUAUUGCACUAUCUAAUAAUUGCCGAGAUGUUUGAGAUGUUAAUCCUAUUACAUAUAGUUUAUUUUGAGAUUUGUUGCAAUUUGUUUCAUAUAAUCCCUAAAAUGUACUCUUGCUUUAUAGCCUUAUAGGGUUUGAAGUUUGAACUGCUUGCAGGGCUGUUCAAUUCAAUGGGAGUAGGAAUUUCUUUUUCUUUCUUUCUUUCUUUCCUUUUUUGGUGGUUGUUUAGGUAAGCAUCAAACACUUAUUAAUCUGAAUUCACAAGGUAGCAAUAAAAGGAAAAAGGAAAAGGAAUCAAAGAUAUGAAAAAGAAAUGCUGAUGAUCUGAAAUCAUUUUGAAGUGUGAAUUCUCUAGUGUAUGACGCGAAGUUGUAUGGUAGGUGACUCACAUAGGUGGUUAUAUGGUAAAAACCUAUGCUCCUAAAUUUUAAAUGUAGAUUUUCUUCUUUAAUCUCUUGCCAUAUGGGUUGGGUUUAAUUUUAUAUUUGUGUUUUGAGAUUGGGGCGUCUCACAGAUGGGUAUGUUGCUUUAUGGAUGUUGGGUCAUCAAUUGCUUUGUAACACACACACACACACACACACGUGUGUGUGUGUAUAUAUAUAUAU